AUGGUAUCCCAAUCAUCUACAAGUAAGUAUUUAACUGAGGUGUUCAUUACAAUGAAUUUAACCAAAGGAAGUUAUGAUAAUGUGUACUACUGUAGUAGAAAGGAAACAUUGGGUGAAAGUAUUAUAAGAAUCGACAGUGAUGCUGAUUACUGGGAGUUUGUUAAAGCUACUUAUGGUAACAGGUAUGACUUGGAUGACAACGAAGAAAAGGAUGACAAGGAAGAAGAGGAUGACAAUGAUAAAGAUGAUAAUUUGGAUGAUAUUAUGACACAUGAACAUGAAGUUGAUGAAGAAGUUCAUACCUUUAACAAAACUAUUGGUGAUGAUUUUUUAAACAAACUUUCAGUUAUUGGUAAGCUUAGUGAUGAUGAUAAACCAAAUGAUGGAAAAGAUGAUAAGGUGGUUUUCCCUGUCCAUGAUGAGAAACAAGAAUGGUAUAAGAUGGUGCCAAUUAUAGGUAAAGUGAAGAUUGAAUUGGUUCAAGAAGUUAAUGUGGAAAUUAAUAUUGAUAGUGAAGUUCAAAUGGAACUCGAUAGUGAGGUAGAUUCUUAUGAAGUUGAUUUUAAAGAUGAUAAUCAGAGAUAUGAAGAUGUAGACCAAACUGAGGUUGAAGUUGAAGUUCAAGGGCAGGGUCACAGUUUAGUUGGAGGGGUUGAAGAACAAGUUAAAGUUGAAUUUCAAGGACAAGGAUAUGGUGGAGGUCAAGAAGGUGAAGAACAUGUUGCAAUUCAAGAUCCAAUUGGACUAGAUGAUCAAGGACAGGUUGAAGUUCAAGAUCCAGUAGAAGAGGAUCUUAUGCAAGAAGUACCAGUAUUUCAAGUUCUACAGGGAAAGAGAAGAAGGAAACCUUCACAAAGAAUCACAAAAUUUUGA